AUGCACCCCAAGCUGGAUGACUUCACCGCCGAUGGCCGCAAGUCCCCCGACGUCGAGAUCCCUGUCGACGCGCCCACCAUGAUGUGGGACUUCGCCGUCACCGAGGACCACACCAACAUCCCGGACCAGCAGAUCGUGUUCAAGGUUCAGGAGAUGGUUACUGAAGAAAACCUGGCGGCACUAUUUAUAAAUUGUGGACAUGUUGUGGACUGUCGCAUGUGUGGAGACCCAAACUUAGUCCUUCGGUUCACCUUCAUAGAGUUCACUGAUGAGGAGGGUGCAAGGGCUGCUCUGAAUCUAUCAGGAACUGUGCUCGGAUAUUAUCCUGUCAGGGUUCUGCCAUCAAAAACUACCAUUGCACCAGUCAAUCCAACAUUCCUACCCAGGUCUGAUGAUGAACGGGAAAUGUGUGCGAGGACUAUUUACUGCACAAACAUUGACAAGAAGGUCACUCAGGCAGAUCUAAAAUUGUUCUUUGAGUCUAUAUGUGGAGAGGUCUUUCGGCUGAGGUUGCUUGGUGACUACCAUCAUUCUACUCGCAUCGCUUUUGUGGAAUUUGUGAUGGCGGAAAGUGCUACCGCUGCCCUGAACUGCAGUGGCGUGAUACUGGGAUCCUUGCCAAUAAGGGUGAGCCCCUCGAAGACUCCCGUGCGUCCCUGUGCGCCUCGCCAGCUGAUGCACUAGAGGUGUCCUAGGUACAGGAGGUGUGGAAGGCACUGCUUAUAUAUCAUCAUCAUCAUAUAUAUAU